CCAGCGCUCUUCGCUUCCUGCCUGGCGGAGGGAGGGGACGGUGCUGACGGCUGGGAGGACGAGCUUGACGUGAAGAAAGCCUUGGGAAAGCGAUAAGAAACGAGGGGAAAGGGCCCGAGGUUUUUUACCUUGUAUCGGGAAAACGUAUCGCUCGACUCUGAUUAGCACCCGAAGCAAGUGCAAUGUCGUCCAGUCGUCAGUUUAGCGAGAGCAGGACCAUCCCGACCAGGACGGUGCUGAUCAACGACUCAACGCAGCUACCUCACGACUAUUGCACCACUCCUGGAGGCACUUUAUUCUCCACCACCCCUGGAGGAACCCGAAUAAUCUAUGACCGUAAGUUCCUAUUAGACCGGCGUAACUCGCCCAUCGCCCAGACCCCACCAGCGCACCUGCCGGUUAUCCCAGGAGUGACGGGCAAGAACAUCCUCAAUGAACUCAAGAGGAAUGAAGCUAACAACAUCAACAACCAUGAUGCCAAACCAGCGCAAGCUGAAGAUGCUCAGUUUGAGAUGGACAUCUAAAGAAGAGGAACCAACGUGAAGAACGAUUUAUUACCUGGUACCUGUGUGCCAGUGGCUUGGCUUGUAGAAACCAAUGUUGUGAGCCCUCUCCUUUAGCUCUCUCUAGCUGCUGGGUGCUGCAUAAUCAUGGGGAUAAAUGACUUAAGUUUGCCCUGUGGAGCCCUGAAAGUUAACCUGUUAGCCUGAUGAGCUCUUUUUGUUUAGGUUUCAGGGCUGCCAUCAGCUGUACUUGCUUAAGUCACAGAGCAAAGGAAAAAUUCUUUAUUGUAAGUGACCGGAUAUAUUACCAAUUUACUGUAAUGGACUCAUAAGCAAAUCAGCCAUCAGAGAUUCACUGCUGAUAGUUCAGAGUACACUGUUCCACUUGAUACCCUUAAUGCAGUCUACUUUGUUCACUGAUUUGAAGCCAGGAAAUGCAGUUAUCUGCAAGUUCAUGUCCUACCAAAUGUAAUAUAUAUAUAUAUUUUUUCCAUCCAAAAACGUUACUGGUUACAGUUACCAUUUUAAUUUUAAAGGGACAGCAAGAUUAUCAUCAUAAUUUUGAUUAAAAAAUGUCUUUUAUAUCAGUUAAAACAUUGAACUUUUUUUCAGGUAUUUGUUCAGCUCAAAACUAUAGUUUUAUAGAAUUGUUAAAAAAAAAACCAUUGAAACCACAGUCCUUAAUCACUCAUUUAAUUUUUACGAUUAUGAUGCCAAACAAAUGUAUACCGAUUUUCGAAUCUUAUUUAGACCUACCCCAAAAUGACCUUGAGCAAAUUCUUCAAAUUUCCUUAAGGUAAAUAACAUCUGAUCACAAUUUUGAAAGACCAAAUUGUUACUUUAUUUCAGAGAGAAUGUUUCCGUUUAGAUUUGUCCUGCUAAUGGUAUGGUACCUUUGCAUGCCGAGAUACUUGAAGCGUCAACAUCAGCUAAUAAAAGGUAGACAAUACGCAGUACUGUUGGACUGGAUCAAGGGUUUAAUACACUUUAUGAAAUGAUGACAAAAAGAGAGCUGGUCUCAGGAAGCACCUGCUUUAUGUACCUAACAAGUACACAUCAUCUUAUGGCUCAUUUAAUAGGAGAAAUCGCUCGAUGCAUUUUUAACAUUAAUAUCAGCCGUGACAUCUGCUGUCACUUUCCGAUUACUACAAUCCUCAAGCCUUACAAACCUUGAUAAUCAAAUCAAAGGUAGGAAAGCACUGAAGUGUUGUUUUGGUCAUUUUACUAUUGUCUGUCUCACAUCCACACAAUGUGAUUCUUCAAAAGAGGGAUAGUUUUGUAGUGACCACACAUAUUGAUUCAGAUCAAAUAUCUUGAAAACUUGAAUUGAAUCUUUCCAAUGCUCUUCUAUGCAUGUUCUUUUGGUCUGCUUCUUGGUCUUUAGUUCACAUGUCACAUCAUUAAAUCUAUGUUGUUUUUUGGGAGGAUGCCAAAUAGGUUUGAUUUGUAUUGAAAGAGAAUUAAGCAAAGAGAUUAUCUAAACAAAGUGACUUAAAGAGGAUAAGACUUAUUCUCAUGACUUCAAUUGUCUCUUUCUGUCCUCUAGUCAUUCUCUGAAGCACAAAUGUUUUUUUUCUCUCUCUCUCUCUCUCUCACAGUAAUCUUUUGUGCUUAGCUUCUGUAUCCAUGCCUUACUUUACUAAGCUGACCAACUGUGUCAAAUACAGUUCUCUUUCAUACCUUAAAACAGGAUCAGUUCCUUUGUUUAAUUUCUUUCCGACUUUCAAGUUGAAGAUACGAUCAAGAUAUUGCUAUGUUUUACUAGAAAACAUUUAUAUUUUUGGAAACAUGUUUGUUACCAUUUACUUUCUUACAGAGAAGGGAAUAUUUGCACAUACGGCAGUGUAAUGUUUGUAAUACGGAUUGGUUAAAAAAGAAAUGUAGUUUAGGUUCCACUUUGUUCAGUCGCAAACAGUUAAACUUUCUAUCAUGUAUUCAAUACUGUUGAAAUCCUUGACAAUUUGAUGCAGUUUUUACGGUUUAAAUCAUUGAGUUUUGUGAAAGUCACAUUCAAGUAGUGCUUUACAGUAAAGAAAAAGUAUAUUAUACUGUCUUUCUGUAAUAAAUUUGAGUUGUCAAAUCUCAGCUUGUUUCAACUCUGCAAUAUGGAAUUUAAGAUUAUUUUUUAAAGAUCAUUGCUUACUUUUCCCUGCUCUCAGAAACUAUCAAGAAUGCAUUUAGCUCUGUAUAAGGGGAUUUUGGAUGGAAGUGUUUAAUCUAAUGUGGCGGAAAUUUUCUUUCUGUAUUUUCUUUUCUUCUUUGAGACCCCGUUUGGUUGAAUUUUAAGGAAAUGCCAAUGCCAGUGGACACUGUUACAGCAAAAUUAAUAAAAGUUCCUUGAUAUCAA